UUACUUCAACUUCACUACCGGCUGCGACUGCUCUGGUUCACUUCCCCUCUCCUGCCUUGAGACUCAGUGUGUCACUCUCUCUCUCGCUUUGUCUGUCUGUCGGUCAGGAUGGCCGAGCUGGAGGGUCUAGAGUUUGGGAAGUCAGACUUCGUCCUUCUGGAUGAGGUUAACAUGGAGCAGUUUAUGGAGAACCUGAAGCUGAGGUUUGAGAAAGGCCGGAUCUAUACGUUCAUUGGUGAGGUGGUGGUGUCAGUCAACCCGUACAAGCAGAUGGACAUCUACGGGAAGGAGGCCAUUGAGGCGUAUCGUGGCAGGGAGCUGUACGAGAAUCCCCCGCACCUGUACGCGGUGGCGGACGCUGCCUACAAAGCCAUGAAGAGACGAGCCAAAGACACUUGCAUCGUCAUAUCAGGUGAGAGUGGAGCUGGAAAGACGGAGGCCAGCAAGUACAUCAUGCAGUACAUUGCAGCCAUCACCAACCCCAGCCAAAGGGAAGAGGUAGAAAGUGUGAAGAACAUUCUUCUCAAGUCCAACUGUGUCCUGGAGGCUUUCGGCAACGCCAAGACCAACCGCAACGACAACUCCAGUCGCUUCGGCAAGUACAUGGACAUCAACUUCAACUUCAACGGCGACCCCACUGGUGGACAUAUUAACAACUACCUGCUGGAGAAGUCAAGAGUUGUUCAGCAGCAGGGAGGUGAGAGGAACUUCCACUCCUUCUAUCAGGUUCUACGUGGAGGUUCUGAAGAAAUGCUGAGGUCACUUCACCUCCAGAAUGACCCUGUGAGCUAUGUGUACACCAGGGAAGGAGCUGCCUCAGUGACUUCCAACAAUGACCGUUCCAGUCACAAGGCGGUGCUGAGCGCCCUCAAGGUGAUUGGCUUCACAGAGGAGGAGAUCAACUCCAUCUACAGGAUCCUGGGGGCCAUUUUGAUACUGGGAAACCUGCAGUUUGAGACGGACACAGAGAGCGUUCAGGUUGUGGGACUGGAGGUUCUGGGUCACAUCGCCGAGCUGACCGCCACAGAGCCGGACGCCGUGGGCAAGAGCCUGCUGUACCGCACUGUGGCGACUGGGGGCGGAGAGGUCAUAGAGAAGGGCCACACGGAGAAGGAGGCCUGCUUCGGCCGCGACGCCUUUGCCAAGGCGCUGUACGAGAGACUGUUUGGUUGGAUUGUAGGCCGCAUCAACGCCAUCAUUGAGGUGAAGGACUACAACCCAGUGCUUCAUGGGAAGAACACCGUAAUCGGAGUUCUGGAUAUUUACGGCUUUGAGAUCUUCGACAAUAACAGUUUCGAGCAAUUCUGUAUCAACUAUUGUAAUGAGAAACUCCAGCAGCUAUUCAUAGAGCUGAUCCUCCGGCAGGAGCAGGAAGAGUACCAGAGAGAGGGGAUUACCUGGCAGCAUAUAGAGUAUUUUAAUAACCAAAUCAUCGUGGACCUCGUGGAGCAGCCCCACAAGGGGAUAAUUUCGGUGCUGGACGAGGCGUGUCUGACCGGGGGGCAGGUGACAGACACUGUGUGUCUGCAGAGCAUGGACACCAAGCUGGGGCAACACCCCCACUACAGCUCACGCAAGCUCAAUCCGUCAGACAAGACCAUGGAGUUCCACAGAGACUUCCGCAUCCGUCACUAUGCGGGCGAUGUCACAUAUUCUAUCGAGGGCUUUUUGGACAAAAACAAGGACCCACUCUUCCAAGAUUUCAAGCGUCUAAUGUACAACAGUUCCAACCCUGUUCUGAAGGAGAUGUGGCCCGAUGGCCAGCUGGGCAUUACAGAGGUCACCAAGCGUCCUCUGACUGCGGCCACCCUCUUCAAGAACUCCAUCGUGGCCCUGGUGGAUAAACUGGGCUGCAAGGAGCCAUAUUAUGUACGCUGCAUCAAGCCAAAUGAGAUGAAGUCACCCGUGCUGUUCGAUGAUGCCCGAUGUGAACACCAAGUGGCCUACCUGGGUCUGCUGGAGAAUGUCAGGGUGCGGAGGGCAGGAUUCGCCUACCGCCAACCCUACGCCCGAUUCCUACAGAGGUAUAAGAUGACAUGUGAAUACACCUGGCCGAACCACCUGAUGGAGACAGACAGGGAAGCCGUGGAGGCCAUUGUCACGCAUCACGGUUUCCAGGAUGACGUGGCGUACGGACACACCAAGCUGUUUGUACGUACGCCGCGGUCCCUCUUCACCCUGGAGCAGGAGAGAGCCGCGCUGAUCCCAAUUCUGGUGCUGUUUCUACAGAAGGUGUGGCGUGGGGCAUUGGCCAGGUCGAGGUGCCAGCGGCUCCGUGCUAUGUAUGCCAUCAUGGGCUGUUACAAGCGCUACAAGGUCAAGGCCCAUUUCUGGGAGGUGGAGCGGCGCUUCGCCAGCGUGCGCAACAUGGCCGACUACGGGAAGAGUGUGGAGUGGCCAACGCCUCCGGCAGCCCUGGCACAGUUUCACAGCAUCACUCAACAGCUGCACCGCAGGUGGCGCGCAAGGCAGAUAGUGAAGAACAUUCCUCCGUCGGACAUGGCCGAGGUUAGGGCCAAGGUGGCCGCGCUGGGGGCCCUGCGUGGGGAGAGGAAGGAGUGGGGCUGUAGUCGCCCCUGGGAAAGAGACUACCUGGCCAACGCGAGGGACUGUCCUCAGAGCAGUUCUAACUUCAUUCGAGCCUCCAAGGAGCUCAAGAACAAGGACCUCUACAACCAGGUCCUCUUCUCUGGUUUCUGUAGGAAGAUGAACAGAUUCAAUAAGAGCACAGACCGUGGGUUGCUGAUCACAGAUAAACAUGUCUACAAACUGGAUCCCAAAAAACAGUUUAAAGUGCUGAAAAGGCUGCCUCUAGAUAUAAUAACUGGCCUGAGUGUCACUGCAGGCAGUGACCAGAUGGUGGCGCUACACACCUCCUCCCAGGAUGACGUUUUGCUCUGCAUCCAGAGAGGAGAGCUCUGCCCCAACCAGGACCGCGUUGGGGAGCUGCUGGGAACGCUCAGCGACCACUUCACACGCGUGAGGAACACACCGCUCCAAGUGAAGGUCUGCUGUUCAGCCGUCCAACUUCACAUGCGGGGUAAGCCCAAGAGCGUUUCCGUGGAGACCAAGGCCAGCCAGACCAACGCAGACUUCAAGAAGAGCCACAACGGUUUCACCCUCCUGAUACCCGCCAACUGAACCCGUCUGCCCCAUUAACCCAGGGGCCGGUUCUGUUCCGCCACAGAUUCUUCUUCAUUCACUGCCGAUCAAAGGAUUGACUUGAGACAAGGAACAUCAGCUGUGUCCAAUUAGUUAUCAGGUUGCAGAUCGAUUACACAGCAGCACUGCACACCUACGGCUUGGAAUAAUCCUCCUGAUCUGCAGUACUGAAGCCAGCUACUCUACAUGGAUCUGUUACUAACGGUUAAUUCUGCCCUUUGGUACACAUUUCAUCCUCUUAAAUAGUAAGUGGAACUACUCACUCAGUACAGCAGCGAGCAUAAAGGUAUAGGUACUAACAUGUGACAUUGCCGCUUUUUUUAUUCGAUUCGAAAUUGUUCACAGGCAUAUAAUAUAAACUAUGAAGAAUAUAUAUUUUUUUGUGACUCUGCAUUUUCCAGAGGUAAACAAAGAUUCAUUGCUAUAAGUACUGUUCUUUUUACUGUAUGUCCUGGCUGUUUUUAUACUAUUUGUUCAGGCUGUUUUUAUACUGUAUGUUCAGGAAGUACUUAGAAAGUAUUUAGGCAGUUUGAAUAUUGUAUAUCAAUCACAGACUUCACUUACUCAACCAGAUGUGAAUACUCCACUAGCGGCGCUGGCCAAUUUUGAUUGGCGGAGCUGAGAUGGGGCUAAGUGGAUGCCAGGGGGGUCUGAACCCUAAAACAGGGCUAGGUCAAGUCCAGGGGGGCUGAACCCUAAAACAGGGCUAGGUCAAGUCCAGGGGGUCUGAUCCCUAAAACAGGGCUAGGUCAAGUCCAGGGGGUCUGAACCCUAAAACAGGUCUAGGUCAAGACUAGGGGGUCUGAACCCUAAAACAGGGCUAGGUCAAGUCCAGGGGGUCUGAACCCUAAAACAGGUCUAGGUCAAGUCCAGGGGGUCUGAACCCUAAAACAGGGCUAGGUCAAGUCCAGGGGGGCUGAACCCUAAAACAGGGCUAGGUCAAGUCCAGGGGGUCUGAUCCCUAAAACAGGGCUAGGUCAAGUCCAGGGGGUCUGAACCCUAAAACAGGUCUAGGUCAAGACUAGGGGGUCUGAACCCUAAAACAGGGCUAGGUCAAGUCCAGGGGGUCUGAACCCUAAAACAGGUCUAGGUCAAGUCCAGGGGGUCUGAACCCUAAAACAGGGCUAGGUCAAGUCCAGGGGGUCUGAACCCUAAAACAGGGCUAGGUCAAGUCCAGGGGGUCUGAACCCUAAAACAGGUCUAGGUCAAGUCCAGGGGGUCUGAACCCUAAAACAGGUCUAGGUCAAGUCCAGGGGGGCUGAACCCUAAAACAGGGCUAGGUCAAGUCCAGGGGGGUCUGAACCCUAAAACAGGGCUAGGUCGAGGCCAGGGGGGUCUGAACCCUAAAACAGGGCUAGGUCGAGGCCAGGGGGGUCUGAUCCCUAAAACAGGGCUAGGUCAAGUCCAGGGGGUCUGAACUCUAAAACAGGGCUAGGUCGAGGCCAGGGGGGUCUGAACCCUAAAACAGGGCUAGGUCGAGGCCAGGGGGGUCUGAUCCCUAAAACAGGGCUAGGUCAAGUCCAGGGGGUCUGAACCCUAAAACAGGGCUAGGUCAAGUCCAGGGGGUCUGAACUCUAAAACAGGGCUAGGUCGAGGCCAGGGGGGUCUGAACCCUAAAACAGGGCUAGGUCGAGGCCAGGGGGGUCUGAUCCCUAAAAUAGGGCUAGGUCGAGGCCACUGGUGCUUUAGCCCCAUCUCCCUCACACACAGCCGCCUGCAAGACCAGGAGACACACAUCAUAACAACACAGAAAUGAGUAAUAACUUAUUAAAAUAUAUUUCUUCUCA